AUGUUCGCCGCAAGAGACCAAGAAAACCUUGUCCGUGCCCACCAGAUUGCAGCUGUUUCAAAGCCGUUGAACCAGGGUACUAGGCAACUUCAGCCAAAAACUCCGGGUACCAGAGUACCCAAAACUCCCUUUAAAGCACCAUUGAAUGACGAGAACAAUCCCCUGACCUUUGGGGGAGGAAAGCAAACGCUGAAGGACAAUAACAAUGGACAGAAUGAAAACCUGAGGAGAUCGGGGAAGGAUGGCAUUGCAGGCAAAAAUGCAUUGGUUACGCCAAUGUGCCUGCACAAUCGUGCUCCUCUGGGGAUAAAAACGACGAAUGCAAAAGCAAAGGGAUUUCAAACUCCGACAGCACCCAUGGGCUUAUUGAGACAUACAAAGACAACAAAACGCCCGUCCACGACCCAGAAGCUUAAGCAUAAUGCCCCAGAAGUUCAACAAUGUAAAGCGGCUGCUCCGGUGGACAUUGAGGAAGAUGUUAACGAUAUUGAAUAUAUGUCUCCAAGGCCCAUCGCACUACCAGAUCCUCCCGAAAAUAUUCCCUAUGACACGACUUUCCCACAGUUCAAAGGCAAAAAUUUCACUCGAGGGUGGCACAAGCUAUACCCUGAUAAUGAAGUUGGCGAAGAUGGAUUGACACGCAGGCAGCGGGAGAUGAAAAGACAGCAAGAGGCAUACGAUAAGCAGAUGGAAGACAUGAUACAAAAGGAAAUCGAUAACAUGGAGCUGCUGGGAAUUAACGUCCGUCAGUUCCCCCAUGAGCCAUGUGCGGAAGAGAUAGCUCUGGAUAUUACGAGGAAACAAGUACAGAAGCAACAGACAUCGAAGAUGAUCGUUGUCGACCGUUCAUUGUCAACUAUCAAAUCCCGUACCGCUGCGAGACUGCUUUCCCAGCAGCAAUCACGGCCAACCAUGAUGCCUGCUCCCGUAUCCUCAUCAACAUCAACAUCAACACCAUUCCCGAAAUGCAAACCUAAACCCAAGGGCAGCUCCACGCCUAGAAUCAGAUUCUCGUCUGGUUUGUUUCCUCCCAAGAAGCAACCUACUCCGACAAAUCCGUCAACCUUUUCCCAUGUCGCUGCCACAGUCAGUUCGCGAACGACUGUUGGAUAUUCCAAGGGCCGAAGCGUAGUAUCCAAUUUACGGCAGAAGCCGACCAAUGCUGCUAAUAAUAAACAAAGCGACCGACAGACAAAUUCGAACUCGAGCAAAUCUGAUAUUCUUUCACCUGCUAGAUAUAUGCAGUUGUACGGUAACCCGCCCUUUGGCAGUGAGAUGUGGUCACGGUGCAAGGCUGCCGGACUUUUCGACGCUGAAGUUACUGAUGCUGAGCUGGACGCUUUCCUCGAGGAGAUUCCCUCAUUUACCGAGGAGGAUGAAGAAUACGCUAAUUUUCAACUUACUUUGUGA